AUGAAGGUUCAAUGUUUUGUUAUCUUUUUAGCAGCUUUAAUUAAUUCAGUUUUAGCUGCUGGUUAUGAACCAUUGGAACAUUUAGAACUUGGGAUAACAAAGAAGGUACCAAGUGAACAAUGUGAGAUGCAAGCAAUGCCUGGAGAUACUGUUUCAGUUCAUUAUAGUGGUAUGGUUAGGGAAACCUCUAAAGAAUUUGAUAACAGUUACAAUAGAGGUCAACCAAUUUCAUUUAAAUUAGGUAUUGGCCAGGUUAUUGCUGGAUGGGAUCAAGGUUUGAUUGGUAUGUGUAUUGGUGAAGGUAGAAAGAUUCAAAUUCCAAGUAGCAUGGGCUAUGGAGCAAGAGGGGUGCCAGGUGUUAUCCCAGAGAAUGCUGAUUUAUUGUUUGAUGUCGAAUUAGUUAACAUUGAACGUAAUUAA